AUGGGAGCAUCGCUGUCAAAUCCCGCCAGUAGCCGCCCCCUACAGAGCCGGCUGGACAGGGCUCUUCAGGGCCGGCGGCGGCCAGCCGACGAGAGGUUCUCCAUCCGCUUCAAGGAGCCGAUUGGAGCCUACGACCUCCUCAGGAGCACCAGCUGCCAGGGGUUUGCACACGCAGUCCACAUCGUCACCGAGGCACGCAACGCCACCAACCAACACAAGCCGCCCAAGCUCCUUGACCGGGUCUGCUACCCGGAUCCGGAUUUCCUGACGGUCCAGGAGUGCCUGGAGAUGCAGAACAGGCGGGAACCAAGGCACAUUGCCAGGAUGAUGGGGCGGAGCUCCAACGAAUCCCGCACGGCCGUCUACUACGCGCACAACAACCUAGGCUCGGUCGCAUCCCAGCUGCUCAGGUGUGGCGCGGCCGGCGGGAGGCCCGUGUCGGUCCCCACGGCCAUCGCGGUCCGUCUGAUCAGGCAGGUUCUGCUGGGGCUGCAGGAGCUGCACCCAGCCGACGACAGGAUGGACGCCUUUGAGCACGGGCACGUCAGCCUCGAGAGCAUCCAGGGCCACGUGGACAAGGACGGCCGCGUGGACUUUUGCCUGUCGGGACUGGACCGGGCGAGGCAGUUCCGUGCGGGCGCCGACCUCGACGCGCGCCUCGCCGCCGCCGCGGCGGACAAGAGCAGGCUCGUCAUCGUGGUGCAGGAGCUCAUCGCGCUCAGCCACGGCGACCCGCGCCACCUGCCGGACCUGCAGGUGCUCAAGGGCAUCGAGGCGGACCUGACGGCGCUGCUGACGCUGGAGCCGGACGUCGGCGUGGCGCGCGACCUGCGCUGGCUGGCGGACAGGCUGCGCGGCUGCGAGGAGGCGCACACGCGCUCGGCGCGCCAGAGGGAGGACAUGGCGCGCUUCUCGGACGCGUGUCGUGCCUUUGUCUGCGAGCAGGCGCGCACCGGCGGGGAUCUGUUCUGGAGGACGCGCGGCGAGGCGGAGGCCUGGGCCGCGACGAACCUCGGUCCGUCAGACUCGUGGACUGUCGUCUGGUGGAGCAAGGAGGCUUCCGAUCCGGUCUACGGGGUCGAGAUUCCCAGAAGGUAA